AUUGCAGGUUCACUGGGACAGAUGGGCAGGGAUGGAGGCUGACUUCCUUCCGAGGAGUCGGGAGGUGACACGGAGCAGGGUCCUACUAGAGUGCCCUCUGGGCUGGCAGUGGUACCUGGGGGAUCGAGUGACUCGACAGUCACUUGGUCUUCCAGCGUUCGUGGUUCCUGGGCUGCUUCCUCCACGCUUGCAGAGGACUGAGUCCUACACUCGCGCUGAGCUUGAGCUGUUCACCGUGCCGGACACAGAUCUGGAGAGGCACCUUCGACGCUCCUUGGACUACGCAGCUUAUGCAGAUCGGUACUUGGCGAGGAGCCUGGGGGUGGAGGAGGAGUUCGAGAGACGGGUAGCCGGAGUGGGAGCUUGGAGGGACGAGAGCGGAGCGCGGAGCCGCGGUGGUCGCUCUGCACGGGGUCGGGGACGAGGUGCUAGAGCCCCUGCUGGUGGGCAAGGUGCAGGUACUGGAGGUAGGGGAGAGGGGAGCACGAGGGUUCCAGAGACUGCGGAAACUUCAGCACCACCGGCGUUGCCGACGCUGAAGUGGACUAUAGGCGUGACGAGUUCGUCGGGCACACGGGAGGUGAUCGACGUGCCACGUCUCCCACAGCCGCCGAUGCGGUUUCCUGCUCAGGUGCCGCGAGAGUGGGCUGAGCAGGCCAUGAUGCUGAUGGUGGGGAUGCGCCACCUCUUGAAGGACUGCGCUAAGGGGAGAGCCCUUCAGACGAGACCUGCCCCUGUGACUGCUUCUCCUGUGUCCACUCAGGUGCAGCCACGACGUUCAGCUAGGACGCGUCCGCAGGGCACCACGAGCCCUCCCGUUCCUGCCAGCACGCGAGGUCGGGAUGCAGGACGUGUGCCACAGCCUGCUGCGGGUGCGGGACGGUUCGAGGUUUUGCCUCGGGAGGCGUCUCAGCGGAGACCAGCUCGUGUGGAGCCGGAGGAGUCAGAGGAGGGGACAGAGGAGUCCUCCGAGUCACGUGUUCUGGUGACGUCGGACUCGAGUACUGCUUCUGGUUCUCCUAACGACGACGGUGAUGACGAGCCCGAGAGUUCUGAGUCCGAGGGACCACGACCGAGCAAAAUUCGACGAGUCUGA